AUGAUGGUGGGGUCAUCCCUCUACUUGUUGCUUCUCCUCGCCCAUGCAGUGCAAACCCAAUGCUAUAAGUUCCAACCCCACCAGUGCCUGAGCUCAAGCAAGCCUCCCUUUGGGGACAGUCAAACGAAGAAGCAUGAAAUAAAAUCGAAAGCAUUGAAGAAGUUGUUCGAACGAAAGUUAAUUCACUACGUCAGUGACAUAGAAGGUGUCGAUAACAUAUUAUAUCAUAAUGAGACGGAAUCAAAAAAGGAAAAGAGGAAAUCAGUCUACCUAGGAAUUGAUGUGAAUUGCAAGUAUCUCCACUUGGGAAAUCUUCUGCAGUUAAUGAUACUGGAUAUUUUGCGUAAUCAUAAUACGGAUAUAGUGGUACUGUUGGGAGGGAGCACAACGAAAAUUGGGGAUCCUUCCUUCCAGCAGGCUGAACGGAGGAAACCUAUCCAUGAGGAGAUUAGCGAGAAUGAAGAGAGCAUAAAAGGGAACAUUAUUAGAUUGCUUCUGAGGGGGGAAGAGCUUAAUGUGGGCACAUCCCCAGGGGGAAAAUAUGAUAUGGGAGGAAACACCCAAGAUGAAUUUUCCAUCCACAGACCGAACAAAGGGUCACUGACCAUUGUAAACAACAGACAGUGGUACAAACAAAUGGACUUGGCUGAUUUCCUAAUACAUGGACAAUAUUUUGCUCUGCACAAAAUUUUAAAAAAAGAAUGUUUUAAAGACAAAUUGAAAGGAAAUAAUUUAACGCUGAAAGAUUUAAACUACCUGAUUUUGCAAUCAUACGAUUUUGUUCAUUUGUAUAAAAAGUACAGGUGCUUUAUACAAAUAGGGGGAUCGGACCAAUGGGGUAACAUUCAGUCGGGUAUAGAACUCUGCCAACACCUGCAUAACACGCAGUUGUAUGGAUUGACUAGCAAUUUGUUGCUUCAUAAGAACAACACAAAAUAUAGCAAAUCGUUGUUUGAACAGAAUAGGAAAAUUCCCAUCUGGAUUGAUAAGGAAUAUACCCCUCCUUUCCUCUUUUGGAACUUCUUACGAAACAUUGAUGAUCAGCAGGUUGAUUCUUAUAUCUCUAUGCUCACCGAUUUGGAUGUCCAGAGUAGGAAUCCUUCAAGUGAUAUUACUUCAGGGGGAGAGGAUUACCAUGAUGAUGCCCAGAUAAAUCGAGCGAAGGAAAAACUGGCCGACUCUGUCACCACAUUUGUUUACGGAGCAGAAACUGUAUGCACAAUUCAUACACUAAAUAGACUUUUAAAGGAGGACGAAUUUUCCGUAAUUGAUCGGGUCGACCAGCUAAAAGUAUUCCCCUUUAUCGUAAUUAAUAAAAAUGACAUACACAAAAACGACAUUAGCAUUGUACAUAUUUUGCGCAAGUUCGAAGUGGCAUCAACUAAUAAGGAAGCCAAGGAAAAGUUGGCUCAGAGGUGUAUCUACCUCAACAGACAACUCAUAGAUAAUGCUAAAUACCACUUAAGUAUGCCGUCUUCCUUCGUAAAAGCCAAGGAUGGAAAUUAUUAUGCCAUUUUGGGAUUGGGAAGGAAGACCUACUACUCGAUAAUCGUCCAGUAA